AUGGCUGGACCGCACGCCGAGCCACCGGCUGCCCCAGUGUGAAGGAUCAUGCGCCCGGACGAUGCCAACAUCGCAGGUAAUGUCCACGGUGGAACCAUCCUGAAGAUGAUUGAGGAGGCGGGAGCCAUCAUCAGCACCCGCCACUGCAACUCCCAGCCUAGGGAGCCCUGUGUGGCCGCGCUGGCAAGGGUGGAGCGGACAGACUUCCUCUCCCCAGUGUGCAUUGGUGAGGUGGCCAAUGUCAGUGCUGAGAUCACCUACACUUCCCGGCACUCUGUGGAGGUCCAGGUCAACGUCAUGUCUGAAAACAUUCUAACAGGAGCGAAGAAGGUGACAAACAAGGCAACUCUGUGGUACGUGCCGCUGUCCUUGAAGAAUGUGAACAAGGUCCUUGAGGUGCCCCCCAUCCAGUACGCGAGAAAGGAGCAGGAGGACGAGGGGAAGAAGCGUUAUGAGGAGCAAAAGCUGGAUCGGCUGGAAACUAAGCAGAGAAAUGGUGACGCGAUCUUCCCUGUCAUCAACCCAGAGCCACACACCGUGGGCUACAGCCAGUCCAGCCUGAUCCACCUGGUGGGGCCGUCGGACUGCACACUGCUGGGCUUCGUGCAUGGAGGCGUCACCAUGAAGCUCAUGGACGAGGUUGCUGGGAUUGUAGCUGCCCGUCACUGCAAGACCAACAUCGUCACCGCCUCAGUGGAUGCCAUCAACUUCCACGAGAAGAUCAAAAAAGGCAGUGUCAUCACCAUUUCGGGGCGCAUGACCUUCACGAGCAAUAAAUCCAUGGAAAUUGAAGUUUUUGUGGAUGCUGACCCGUUCGUGGACGAGCCUCGGGAGCGGUACCGCGCUGUCAGCGCCUUCUUCACCUACGUCUCCCUGAGCAAGGAGGGGAAGCCCCUGCCUGUCCCUCAGCUGCUGACGGAGACGGAGGAUGAGAAGCGGCGCUUCGAGGAGGGGAAGGGCCGGUACCUGCAGACGAAGGCCAAGCGGCAGGCGCAGCUGCAGCAGGCUGCCCAGCAGUGA